CCGAAGGAUAGGUACCAGAUAAGACAGCCAAAAGUGGGGUUCAAGACGCAUUUUUAAUGACGAGCUUUGUGUGGAAUCUUGCAAUUCAGUUUGCAGCAUCAUCAGAAUUAGAGAAGAAGACGAAGUCUACGUGGAAGCAUAGAAAGAUCGUACAGAUGUGACAUUCACUGCAAAGGACUGAGUAGCCAUGGAUCAUCAUCCCAUCCCGACUUCGAUCGCAACGGGGGCGCAUCUGUCUAUCACUGUGGAUGAACUCAUGCACCUACGCCUUGUUGCUCUAGGCUCUAUACCGCCAUCCUUGAUUAUUCGCGGCGGAACUAUCCUAUGCUUGCAUACGAGUGAACUUCUCGAGCGCGAUGUUAUCAUAUAUGGCAGAUAUAUUGCAGCAAUAACACCAUGGGGCCACUUCCCUGCUGGUCCAGAGGAGAUCGAUGCACGUGGCAAAUUCGUAUCUCCUGGUUUCAUCGAUACUCACAUACAUGUUGAAUACACGAAGCUGGUCCCUGGCGAACUAGCCAGGCUCAGUAUUCCAAGAGGGACCACGACAAUCCUGGCCGAUGCGAAUUGUAUUGCUAAUGUCUUCGGCGGACUUGGAAUGGACUUCAUGGGAACGACCACCACUCCCUUAAGAAUCUUCCGUCAAGUCUCGCACAAGAUUCCAGGCAACGGUCCGGACAUUGAACUUGGUGGAACUUCCGUUUCCACCGAAGAGCUCUGCUUUCGCGUCUCUCAACCAGAGGCGGCAACACUAGGAGAGAGUAAUCCAUUUUCACUGGAUAGAGCAUCUGCUGAGAAACAAGCGGCAGCUUUACAUGCAGGCAAGCGUAUAACAGGCCAUACUGCUUUACUCGAGAACGAACCGCUUUGGGCUUACAGUGCCGGUGGUAUAGGAGAUGAUCAUAAUGCGCAUCAAACUAAAGAUGUGAUAGAAAGGCUGAGACUAGGCAUGAUGUUGACAGUGAUGAGUGGUUCAAUGAAUUCCAACAUUCAGUGGGUAUUCGAGGACAUUCCUGCAUUGAAAGGAGGUUUGGGGCACAUCUCAUUUUGUGCCGACGAUAAGCUGGCUGAGGACUUGGACCGGGAGGGUCAUAUAGACCACCAUGUUCGGACUGCCAUUCAAUUGGGGGUCGAUAUUUUAGCAGCAUAUCGUAUGGCUACCUUAAAUGCUGCAUUGUACUAUCGACUCGAUCACCUCAUCGGAAGUGUGACACCAGCAAAACUAGCAGAUUUAUUGAUACUCGACAGUCUAGAAGAGGCUCGACCUACAAUCGUAAUCAUGAACGGCAAAGUAGUUGCACAGAAUUAUAAGCCGACCUUUGAUAACACUGAUCUCAUUCCUCACUUUACGCUUAACAGCAUCCACAUCGACCCAUCAUAUCUAAAUCCAUCGACUUUUCGAGUAGCACCUAAGGAGCCAGACCAUGCUUGGGUACAGGCAAUGGAGAUGUACGAUGGCUAUUUCAAACGAGCUUUCCAUGCUCGCCUUCCAGUCUCCGAUAAAAAUUCAGUGGAAAGUGACGUGAGUCGAGACAUCUUGAAAGUGGUGGUCAUUGAUCGCCACCAUGCUACCAAAAAUCAUGGAAUUAGCUUCGUUCGAGGAUUCGGCCUUCGAAAAGGAGCCAUUGCUUGCACGACGAACUGCGAAAAUCAAAAUCUGGUCGUAAUUGGAACAUCAGACCAAGAGAUAGCAGACGCGGUUUCAGCAAUAAUCACGAUCGGUGGUGGAUUUGUAGCUGUAGCGGAUGGUCAGAUUCUUGGCUCUGUUCGACUUGACGUUGCUGGUUGCAUGUCUUCUGAGCCAUGGGAAAUGGUUCGAGAUGAUUCUAUUGCUUGUGUUGAAGCCGUACACUCCAUUUUGGGGAGUAGAAUGAAGUCGCCAUUCAUGAUCAUGAGCUUCGUGGGUCUGGUGGCCGUUCCGGAUCUAGGCUUGACAGAGAAGGGUUUGGUGGAUUGUCGAACACAAGGAUUGAUGGAUGUUGUUCUUGAAGGGAAGCCAGAGGAUGGUGUAGAACGAGGGGCCACUGAAAGACCGGUGAAAAUAUGUUGUCGAUGUCCUUCUCAUGCUCAUGACAUCCACCGAAUGAUGGAUGUUGCAAACUCAAUUGUAUGAUGAAAUCUGCCAAUCUGCAGUCUCACUGACAGGAUCAAGUACUGUCAUGCUCUUCAAUCCAUGACAAAAGACUCUUCAGCCGCUGCCCACUCGCCUUCAAAUGUAAUAAGUCGUUCUGUUCU